AUGGUGUUAAUCAGUGACUCAAGUGACUCUGAAGAGGAAAGCCUUUUUGGGCCACAUAGUUCCAAAAGAAACUCCUGGAACGAACGGCCAAACCAGAGGAGCACUGGGGAACCCCAGGACUCCACAAGCAAACCCCCUGACUCUUCCAAGAGGCGAGGAUCAGACAAAGAGCUUCAAGCUUUUAUUAGCAUGAGAGACCAGACUGACCAAGCCACAGAGGUGAGUGAAAGGGUAACAGUGCUGCACAAGACAAACAUUUGUGUGGGAAUAACAUGCAUAAACAGGAAUAAAGAUGCAGCUAUAUGUUGACAUACUGGAAAUUUGUUGAAACUGGGAUGAAUCCCAUGCCAAAACAAUUGAAUUAAGGCUGGACAUAGACGACACUAUUUAAAGUCUACUGCCUUCAUUUAAUUAUGUAGGUUAACCUCGUGGUUGAAUAAUUAAGAAUUCAUGUGACAUUCUUCUUCUGAAUUUCUUUAAAAUCUGAUUGAGACUACGAAAUGCCUUUUUUCUGAGGGAAAAAAAAGUUUAUGCCAUAAACUUCCCUUCACACUUUAACAUUGUGUAAAAUAACUUUUCACUCAACAUCAUUAAAAUAAAUAAAUAUCCUGAAGAUUCUGCAGAGGUUGCAGUUUUCCAUUUCAGUUUUUCGUGCUGGAAAAGUUCAUCAGUUUUCAAUACUACGUCUACUCACUAACAAGCAGAGUUGUCCAAAUUCAAAAACCACAAGUCCUCCAAGAAGAAUUACAGUAUUUAAAUUUUUGGUCUAUCCGAUUGUUUUUUUUUUUUUUUUUGGUAGCUCUGUAAUGUCAUUAUUUAAUAAAAGGAAUGGAAGACAUUUAUUUGGGGGCUGUCGAAGAAAGCCUAAUUUCUUCAUUAAUAAAAAUUCCAAAACUUUUAUUUAAGUCUUGCAUUUUGAUUCCACGGGCUGAAAGUUAUACAUAAUUUGGCACAGUUAGCGAUGUUAGUGGUUUGGGUAAGUUGUCAAUAAAUGCAUUUCAGAUGCAGAGAAGGCAUGGGGUGACAACAUCUGAUGAAAAAAUAACUCUUAAAAUACAAUUUACAUGAUUUUCAUGUAAAUCAUGGCCAAGGCAUCUUUUAAAUUUCAGUAUAGCCCUGUUCCUUCAAAGGAAACAUGUCACACAAGAAAUAUAACCCUAACUCUAACCCUAACCACUUUCAUCUUUCAUGAUUUUAUUGCCUCAGAUAACAAUAAUAAUGAUAAUAAUAAUAAUAAUAAUAAUAAUAAUAAUAAUAAUAAUAAUAAUAAUAAUGGCCAAGGCCUAGCCUCCCAGUGAGGCGACCCUCUUGGUCAUUGUUUUCUUAGCCUAGCCCUUUCUGUCUGUUGUACUUUUGUAAGUUAUUACUCAUUCAUAAGGAAGUAGAAAAGUUAAGGCCAAAAUGAAAAAGGACCUGCAUUGUUUAAGUCAUUUUGCUGUGUUGCCAUGGCCACGCCCUUUCCCCUACACACAAGCUUUUGCUUAGGUGUCAUCCCCAAGGGGUUGGCUACAAAACUGGUCGAGUAAGAAAGUUCUCCUCCUUUCCAUUUUGAACCAGGGGGCGAUGUUGUGCGCUGAUGGCACUAUGUAAUGGGGUAAUGUGGGAAAUGCACCAAAGCAACUGAGAAAAACUGUAAUACUUAUAUAUAUAUAUAUAUACUUGUAAGAGUAUAAGAGGUUGCAUCUCAAUGUUCAAUAGCACACCAGUAUACAGGAUAUCCAACUAUGCCUAUUUAAACUCAGUUUUUAAAGAAGCUCAUCAUUGAUAAUCAUUGAUAUGUCAGGGUCCAUACAUCUUUUGUACCAACAGCCAUCAGACUUUACAAUUCUUCUAUGAAUGGUAGAUGACUUUUGAGAAAUAACAAAUGAGAGCACAGACAAUUGAAUUUCCCUUCACUGAUAAAUAAAGUUAUUCUAAUUCUUAAAGGCAGACCAUAACCUACUUGGGACCCAUUGGGGUUGUAUUAUUUUGGCAUUUCUAUUUUAAUGUAUAUUUUUUGCAAACCUCACGGUGCCAAAACAAAUCAACCAAUAAGCUCAUACUGAACCCAUGUCUAACUGAGCCUAACUCAACAACAUGGAUGUAUUCGCUUAAAAUAACCCUUACAUCAGCAUAACCCUACAUAUAUUAUUAAGAUUUUUUUGUUAAUAUAUUUUCUUACAGGAAUGGGAGAAGUUGAAUUAUGACAUUUACACUUUACGGUAUGCCAGACGUGAAGUGAGAUCUCGGUGGAAGAAAAUCCUGCUGCAGCUGGGUAAAACAUUAUCUCCUCCAAAUGCAUCAUACUAGAUCUAUAAUAAUCUGUGGUCCGUUAUUUUAUGUUCUGUCAUAUUCCUGCAGGUUAUCAGUGUGAGGUAGAUGCUUUGCUGUGUGUGAACAGACAGAGCCAGUUCAUUUCAGAUCAGGAUCAUCUUAACAGAGCAAGGGAGCUGUUGGGACAGCUACUGGACCAGACCUCGUUGUUUCCUCCAGAAACUGGGAACCAGAACAGAUACCUCUAUGUCAUGGUACGCAUUUACACACACACACACACACACACACACACACACACACACACACACACACACAUUACAAUGAUGAUGUGAAGUUGAUGUUAGGCCCAAAGACAAGUGCUCAGGUAAAUUUCAACAUUUCUUGUAAUAUUAAUUCCCCAUGUAAACAUAAGGGCCCUUAUUAAUCAAUCAAAGGUACAACAGAAAACUGUCCGUACGACCAUUUCCAUGCAAGGGUCAACAUUUAUCAAUUUGGAUGUGAGUGUAUGAUACGAUCAACUCUCAGGACAGGUCUCACAUUGUGUAUCCAAGUUUGUGUAAGUGUGAAUUUGCGAUGCUGCAAAUGUCUGUCUCAAAAUAAUUAACAUACCUCAAACCUGUCAUUAAGCUCAAGCAGCCAUAUUUCAUUAAUGAUUAAAUUAGAAUAAACAAAAUAAAUUUGUUAUGCCUUUAGGCCUAUGUGAUAACCCCGCCGGCAAACACUGCCACAGAGCAGGAGUGAUAUACAACUUUGUCUCUCUUCAUUGUUUGUACUCUUCUUCACAGUUUGCAUUUAUCAGCCAUCCAAUUGCAUCUGCUUCAUUUUCAUUAUGAUACCCAAUUACCUCCUUUUCUAUUUUUUCUUUUUUACACAGGAACGCCUGGUGUCAUUGGACAGUGCUGAAGACUUUGUUAGACUGGCAAAAGUAAAAUAUCCCUAAAAAUGAGGCCAAAGGAGAGUGUAAAGGAUCAAGUUUUAACGUUGAAAAAUGUGUAACACAUUAAGAAACACAUUUGUGCUCCAAUGUUUAUUUAAGUGUAGGGGCAGUAAAUUUAAUUACUUUAAUUCUGGCAGUAAAUUUAUCAUUUAAAGUGUUCAUUGAAUAAUUCUUUAAAACACUGUCGUUUUUAUUUAUCAGUUUUUUCACUGAGUAUUGGAGGUGUCCCUCUUUCAGCACUUUGGUUGCCCUGAUAAAUAUUUAAAGAGGGUUAAUGUGCUGUUUGAGUAUUCAGUGUUCAGAUACAAGGUGAAAGCAUUUGUAUUUGUUGUUCCUUGAGAACAUAUUAAUAAAGGUAUUGCUUGUAUGUUUAGGCUUCAAAAGAAACGAGAAACCCCCUGAAUGUGCAAAGAAACAUGUCAAAUAUGAAUAACAAGAGAGUCAAAAUCGUAGUUUUUCCUCUUUCUUCUUUCAAACACCUUAGUCACCUUUUUUGAAAAACAUAAAACUAAAUAAAUCUGUAUGUUUUCUUGGGAUUUUGUGUUAUUUCUUUCGUAAUUAUUGUCUAUGAUUAAGCACUAUACAAUACACUGAUGCACUGACAGCUGGGUAGUUGAUGUUUUGGCCAAAAGGGGGCGGUAGACACUGAACCACCUUUUUGUGGCUUUAACUGAAACAAAGAUAUUGUCACUUUGAGCUUUGCACACAAUGUCACCUGUUUAAAAAUGUGCAACGAUCUCAAAGUUGGUCUACUGAGCAUGUAACUAACAACACAAUAAUAACAUAAAAUGAGGAAGAAUAUAAUGAUAGGAAUGUGGUUACACUACAAAGAACCUGAAUGUGAAAGUCAGAGUAAACAACACCCCCAAAACAAAAAGUAUCAGCAAAAGGAGAAUAUCAGUUUAGAGGGUAAUCGGUGGGAAAUAAAGGUUCAUCCUCCCUGCCUUUGAGAUGUAGAUGAUAAUGACUCAUGUAACUGUUUCACACUUUCAAACAAGCCAAACUAUUGGGACCGCUGCUCUGACUCUAAAUUCAGAAGGUUUGAGCUGUCUACAUAAAACUGAUGGAUGUGGUUCGUCUUAUACAGAUGCAUAACUGUGAGCACACAUGAACACAGAAGGAGAGUUCCCUCUGACCCAGAUUUUGCUCUCCAAGGCUCCUUACCUAAUCUGAGAAACAGAUGUGGAGGGGGGGGGAGUUUGAAGAGCAUGUGGAUUUUCUGGCAGCUCCUGCAGGCAUUGUGCUGCCUGCACCUUUUUCUCAUUAUACAACUGUGUGUAUGUACAUGCAUUUCUCAUCAAGUAAUGCUGAUAUCAUUCAGAUUUCAAAUGAAAUAAGUAAAUCUGACAGAAAUUUGAAGGACUAAGAUUGUGUUUCUGUAUGAUGUUCAAGUAGGAAAACUAUCAGAUGAAUCCACUGUCGUAAAAGUUCAAUUCUACCGUUAGACUCGUCUUCAGAUACCAGAAUUUUUCACCACUGUGUGCAAGAAUACCACCAAAGGCAGUGGUCAUGAUGGGCAGGGCAUUAUGGUCUCACACAGACUUUUAGGCCUCCUUGUGAUGGUCAGAUAUUUUAUGAGAAUCUCUAUGGCAGGGUGUUUUCCACUGACACACAGCAUUAGUGGUGAGAGUUAUUUUUUUCAUCACAGUUUUAGGAAUCCAGACUAAGGAAAAUGUCUGUCCAUAAAUAUGAGUGAGGAUAUUAUGUCACUGUUACUUUUAUACCAUCUUAGGACAUCAGAAUUAUUUAAAGUCACUGUGUACAAAUGCAGAGUCUAUAUGUCAGGUGUGGAAGUAGGAUCCAAGUGCAGCACAACGCCAGGUAGGUGUUAGAAGCUACUUUUAUUAUAACAGUUCACAGAAGACAGGUAUUUCAGCAGGUCAGAAUACAUUAGGAUCGAUUUAGCAGUCUCUGUAGGAACUCCAAGAUCAACAGGAAACAGAACCAACAGGCAGAGCAGUCUCUAUAGAGAUGCAACAGCACUGUCGAGGGGCAGGCUGGGUUCAUGGUCGAUGUAGAAGCAAUGUUAAAUCCUGGCAGACAAUUAGCAGGGCAGACAAAACCCAGAGGGAGUGGAUGGACAGAAAGUCGUGGACAGGCAGUAGGUCGGGGAGCCGGUAACACAGCGAAACCUGAAGUACUCAGAGGAGCGGAGAAACUUGACAGGGGAUCCGAGGGCUGAGACGAGAAGAUGUGGUCAGAGGCAAGCAGGAGUCGAAACUGAGAAACAAAGCUGAAGAGCCGUGCAUGCUGAGACAACAAUCUGGCACUGAAUGAGGGCCACAGAGCGGCUUAAAUACUGACUGAUCAAUCAGCAGUGAGGAGCAGCAGCUUGACAUUCACAGGUGUGAGGAAUCAGCGCUGAUGAAGAGGCGUGGCAGAGAGGACAGUGGGGACACUCAAAACAGCAUGAGAAACACAGAAGAGUGUGAGACUUCAAAGUUUAGGUUUCCUGUUUAAACUCAAACCAGUCGAGGUAUAAAAGGUGGCAUUAAAACACCGUCUGUAGUCGAUGUGUCUCCACUACAGAAAAGCAGGAUUUGGGGGGAAUAUGGGUCUGAGAAUGUAUUUCAAUACACAAGAGUUUUUUUCUUCUUGGAGGGUGAGAAAGGUUUGUUGUUUUAAAUACUGUUGGCAACCAGGUUAAAUGACAGGAACUUAUAUAAUAAUUACAGUGAAGAUUUAAUAUUUUAGAAAUAGACAUUUUUAGAUUUAGUACUUUUACAAAAGAUCAAUAUAAAUAAUAAUAUAAAGGCAGCAAAGUUGAUCUUUAAAACUUUAUGAAAUUCACCCGCUCUUUUGACAAAGAUGAUCAAAUACAUUUUAAUAUUAAUAACUAUUAGAGCUUCAGCCAAGAAAACAGUUCAAGUUAGUGAAGGGCCUAGUACUCUGUACUCAUCCACUCACUAAAUUAAUAGAAACACAAUUGUUGUGUGUUUACUCACUUAACACAGGUGUGACUGCAAAAGAGGAGAGAGGAAAAGAAGAAGAUUCUGCAGGUCAGGUUGAUCCCACUGUGAGGAUCUGUUAAAUUACCUCCAUUUUUACUCCUGUCCCAGUGUCUCAGACAAGUUUCCUCAAAACUCAAAGUUAGAGUUUAAUAAAAUUACUGUUGAAUUUCAAAAAUAUGGACAGAUAAAAUAGGAGAGAGACUGUCAUGCAGACGGGCUGUGUAGAUACAAACUGAGAGUCAGAUUAGAGGAUCAUGCAGCCAGUUAGACUCAUGAGCCUUUCCCCCUCAUCUGACCUCUGUGAUGGAAUAGCAGCUGUUUUUCAAUGAGCUCAUAUUGGUAGAAGCCCAGGAUUUGUCAUGUCUGCUUGUGUGUGUGUGUGUGUGUGUGUGUGUGUGUGUGUGUGUGUGUGUGUGUGUGUGUGUGUGUGUGCGUGUGCGUGUGUGUGCGUUCAUCCGUUGAGUGAGCCUGCCUGCAGACCCACCAGAGUGGAUUUCUAGGCAGUGACUCAUUAAAAGUGGAGGUUGCAAAGUCAGGCAGAUACAUAUCCCAGUGUCCCUGUGCAAACAUUCACCCUUCAGCUAUAGGCACACAAAAAAGUUUAGAAACCACAUUACUAACAGAUGUUUGAGCGUCGGUGUGUAGACUUGGAGCUUUCUGUUACCUUAAUUACUCUGUAUGUAUAGAAUAGAAUAGAAUAGAAUUUAUUGUCACAAGUACAGAGCAACCAAAUGCAGUUUGCAUCCAUCCAGAAGUGCUUAGCAAGUAAAAAUAUAUUGACAAAUGAACAUGGUAUGAAAGAAUAUAUAUAUAUGUGUUACUCUUGUGGCACGCUGAAGAUGAAACCGAGAUCUGUGACCAAGUGUGGCAGUUUUCUGAGACGUUUCAUGUGUUUGUGUAACUGUGUACAUGUCUCUUUGCAUCAAUUUCAGCUGGCUAAGAAUCUUAUCUGAUUCAACUGCUCCUCCUUUCCCUCUGGGAGACACACAGACACACACAUAGACACACACACACACACACACACACACACACACACACACACACACACACACACACACACACGGAACCAUCAAAUAGGCAUUUCCCAGUGAGGUAUGAGCCAAUGACAGAGCAGCAGUGGUUAGUGAAAGAGAAACAGAGCAGUCAGCUGCUUCAGAUUCAGAGGAACGACUUUAAUACCAAGACUAUUUUUAAAUGUUGGGAACUUGGGUGUGUGUUGGUGGUGAGGAGCAAGUAAUCAAAAUCCUCCUUUAACCUCCUCAUUUUCAACAAACCAUCUGAAUUUUCCUCCUUCUUCUCCAUUUGUACACUCUUCUCCUCAGUUAUCUCACUGCUCAUGUUCACUCUGUGUGAAUUCAACGUUGAUACAAGACUUACAAAAGUGAAACUCCCACUUUAAUGACCAACUGUGGGAUUUCAGAGCUCAACACAGCGCAGUUAGGGACUCUUGAGUCUGUUAUUUCUGGCAAUGAAUCAUGAAGCUUCAGGCAUUAUAAAUGAACCACGACCGGCUGUAAGUCGCUCAGAGAGGCUCUGAUGUUCUCGGUGAUAUUAUCUUGGACUGAAUCUAAGACAAAAUAAAGACGUGGAUCACAUGACUGAGAUCCACAACUAUUAAGACAACAUGGCAAAUCCAACAAGUUGGAAACUUUUUAUCUCGUUAUUUUACAAAAAGAAGUAAAAUAUCUCCAUAAAAUCUCAACAUCACUGUCUGCCUGUCUGUGUCAGGAAGUCUCCAUGCAGGCUUCACUUUGCUGAGUCGUUAUCUUUGAUUUAAAGUCUGAUAUGAGAGAAGCAGGAGUAAUGUGGGCGGAGGAAUACGACAUGGAGGAGGAGGUUAGAACAGAGGAAGUGACUGAGGAUCAGAAAGACGUCUAAAAAAGUAAGACUGGCAGGGAGGGGGCGGAGGUGAAGAAAGCGAUGGGGGGGGGGGGCACUGAUUCACAGAUUGUGGGUCGAGUCUGGAAGAUUUCCUGUCCUGUGACAACAGGGAAAAAACCAAGCUCUGUCUCAAUGUUUUUUCUCUUCUGUUGGUUUCCUCUUAGUCAGAAAAGUUUUAAAGUCAAACGACAUCAUUUUUGUUUCUUUGAUUUCAUCUGGUAAUCAUUUCCUUUCUGUAUCUACCUCAUGUGAAACUGGGUCUUGUGGGGGCUACAUGAUUUUAGGUCAGAGCCUUUAUGCUUAUCAGGGGCAGCUACACUUAAAUCGUCUUUCUGUGCAUGACUGUGCAUAUUUUUACUUCUGGGGAAAAAAACUGAUUUUUCCUCUCAUUUACUAAAAAAACCCUUUUUUGGAUUUGUGAAGCCUGAAGUAUCAUAAAUGACUGGCUCUAAGAUACUUGAAGAGGCUCUCAUGUUUUUACUGAUAUUAUGUUGAAUUUAAGAUUAAAUAUAAGAUUAAACAAGAUCUGAGACAAAAUAAGGGAGUGAAUCACAGGACUGAGAUCCACAACACUUAAGACAACAUGGCAAAUCCAACAAGUUGGCAGCACAGAACACUUAAAGUAUAAAUCCUGAAACCAACAGUUUAGCCCAGCUCUAUUUUAUACCAGUGUUUAUUUUGUCAAUGAAAGUUCUGAUAGGAAGUAUUUGUUCUUUGAUAUGACAAGAACAACAACAGAUUCAGUUCACAGCCAUGUUGAAAUAACCCCACAGUCAUGUCAGACAGAAAACCACUUCAUGUUAGAUUUCUCUUUAAACUAUUAUUUAUCUUCAAGUUCACUGUUACUGCUGAGGCCUAAGCUAGACUGGACCCAAAAAAAGAUCUUUGUCUCACAGGAGACACAGAAAUCCACAAACGAACUGAAAUCUCUGCAGCUGCUAGAGGCUGGCUGACCACCAAACUGAAGACCAGAGCAGCGAGACACCAAUCUAAAUACGGGUACAAAAGAGAUGGUGGUCAGAACAGGGUGAACGUUCACAGAAUCUGGAAAAAGACUGUCACCUCGAACCUGGAACCUGGAACCUGGAGCCUGGAACUACCGAGUGAGACGGAUGUAUCUGGCAGAGUAGUGGAGGCUGAGCCGUUUUUUAUGGAGAGGUGA